AUGCCAGAGACUUCUCUUUUGGAUGUGCCGUCGUCAACCAUCUCUCAUCCCAAAAUCAUGCGUUCGACGUCGUAUAGCACCAUCGCAGCCCAAAGUCCUCAAUCCAACCGCCGCAGCACUCAGCCCUUGGGAGCGCCAACGACUCGCCACAGCAGCAAUCCCAUCGCUCGCAGCCCGCUGCAGCAGUCCUUCCCUGCUUACCCAGGUUCGACCUCUGCUCCGAGUUCGCCGCCGCUCAUGCCGGAAAGCCCCUCUCGACGCUCGCGCGUGAAUGAUCCAGAGGGCCGUAAGAGAGGUGAAUCUCGAUCUUCCUCGGUGCCAAUCGUUGUCCGCAAUGCUCAAGGCCAAGAACAACCAGAAGAGAACGCCAGAUCUCAACCACGCACACAGCCUCAAACUCAUGCUUCCUCACCAUCCAAAGGUUCCAAUGAUGACAAAAUCAAAGCAAACUCUAGCAACAGUCGCCGCUCAGUCAAACAUCUGACCUGUUUCUGGUGGUGGGAGAAAGGUCACUGCCGCUUCUCCGAUGAAGACUGCCUCUACUCUCACUACGACACGGGCCACCACACAUCCGCUCCUCGACAAGUCAUCGCUGGCGAACCUGCGAAGGCUGGAAAGUCUCUCGAGCGUGAACUGACCAAGAUGGCUGCCCACAAUCGGUCGAACACUUCAAUCGCGUCUUACCAUACUGCACCGGGCACGCCUCAUGGCAACGGUCAUAUGCCGACCAGCAUUGCAACUUCUUCGCGAGCAGGCUCUCCCACAGGCCCGGGUAUUGAUCCUCACGUUACUCGUUCCACCACACCCUUCGGCCUAGAGAUCAGCCAGGCUGCCCAACUGAGAACUGACAAUGACUUUCUUCGCACCCUUGUUCAACAAACCCAACGUGAGAAGGCCAUCCUCGUCGAAGCUAUGGACUCAAUGAAGAAGGAAAAAACCCAGCAGCAGGCUCAAAUUGAAGCUAUGCAGCUCGAACACGCCAACUUCCUUCACGAGCGCGAGAUUCUCCAUGCGACCAUCCGAAAACUUCAAACCGCCAAUCCCAACCCAGUCAUAUCGACUCGCCCUUCAGUUUCAUCUGCCAUUGCGCAAAUGCAGACUCAAUCUCCGUGGGGCGCUAUCGGAAGUCGUCGAGUCAGUCCCAUUGAGAACGCACCGCACAGAGCAAUGAACGCGGAGUCCGGACAGUAUGGCAACGUGGCUUUCCAAGGCGGCGCCACUGGCUCCUACAAUCCUGCUGCAAUGCCUUAUGUACCAAGCCCCCGAUUCCCCCCCAGCGCAGCGGAGGCCGCAAACGAAAAGUUCAAGGACGUCUUGCGAAACCUAGGUCCAGGAUACUAG